UAAAGCAGAAUCGGUAAAUUCAUAAACGUGUGAUCGGGAGGGAUUUUUACAGGUUUUACCUAGUAGUUUAUAAAUCGAAACCGUUAUAAGUGACUUAAACCGCAAAAAGGACCCACUAUAAGUACUACCUAAAAUGACGGAUUCCAACAUCCUGAAAAAUAAAUCUGAUUACACGAUUUAUGAAUCUGCCGGUUGCAAUCCUACGCCACAUUGCGCUGAUUGGGGUGACAAUGGACUGAUUGUAUUCGGAGCACAUCAUUCCGUUGCUGUGCUGGAUCCGAAUCAUAAUGGUUCGGCCAAAAUCAUUAGCACUUAUAUCGGUCAUGAAAGUCGGGUCAACACAGUUCAUUGGCUGCGCCUGUCACCCUCUGCUCCUGAGACAUACUUCAUUUCCGGCUCUGAUGAUUGUUAUGCAUACAUAUGGCAAUUCGAUAGGCUAUGUGAGGGUGGUCAUUUCGAACCCCUUCAGCACAAGAGUCCAGUUACAAACAUGUCUAGCAUCUACUUGAGUAGUAAUAAGUGGCUAAUUGCUACAGCUGCUGAGCAGAUAGUUUCCUUGUGGACGUUCAAUACUUUGGGUGUAGAAUUAAUUCAAGCGAUAUGUAAUAUUAAUAGUUACGUUUUUGGACUUAAAGUGUCUCGGUUGCCAAGCAGCGAGCAACUGCUUUUGGCGUAUGGAAAUGAGAAGGGUAAUGUUGUUAUUUGGGCACAAAAUAACCCAUUAAAAUCGAAAAGCACUGAUCCAGACCCCUUCCGAAUGGUACAUAAUUUGACCGGGCACGAAGAUUGGGUACGUGCAUUGGACUUUAUUAAAGAUGGAGAUGAUUUAUUACUAGCAAGCGCAGCACAAGACAAUUUUAUACGCUUGUGGCGGAUAUCAAGACGCACAGAAGAACAAGCAGGAGAAAACCAUAAUAUUUGUAAUACAAUGGGCAAGGAUGAAACUGAAGUACGAGUGGAGGAAAAAAUUGUGCAUUUAAGUGGUGGCAAUUGGUGUGCGAUAACCUUAGAGUCGGUGCUUUACGGACACGAGGGCUGGGUGUAUGGUGUCAACUGGCAUAAAUCGAAUGAAUAUGGUAUACGCCUGCUUUCCAUUUCCAUUGAUAAAUCGAUUAUAAUUUGGGCACUUACCGAUAACGUAUGGAUGGAACGAGUGCGUGUCGGUGAAGUGGGGGGCAAUUCAUUGGGAUUUUACGGCGGUAAAUUCUCUAGUGAUGGCAAAUCUAUAUUUGGCCACAGUUAUCAAGGAGGUUUCCAUAUAUGGCAUCAAUCGACGGAUAACGAAAAUGUUUGGACACCUGGCGUUAUAGUGGGUGGACAUUUUGAUAAAGUACGUGAUUUGGCAUGGGCACCAAAUGGGGAGUACCUGCUUAGCGUGUCGGCCGAUCAAACGACCCGCAUCCAUGCACCAUGGCGGCGCUCUAACGACGAAAAAAUUGAGGAAGUUACCUGGCAUGAAUUGGCGCGCCCUCAAGUACACGGUUACGAUAUGCAGGCACUUGCAAUACUAUCACGCUACAAGUUUGCCAGUGGCGCAGAAGAAAAGAUAGUACGCACAUUCCAGGCUUCGGCGAAUUUCAAUGAAAACUUCAGGCGUAUUACACGCACUCAAAAUGAUGCCGAUGGUGAUACUUUGCAAGAAAAUCUACCAACAGGUGCAUCCGUACCUUCUCUCGGUCUUUCAAAUAAAGCUGUCUUCGGGGCAGACAUCGAAUCCGCGGUGCAAGUAAAGCAUAUUAAAGACGAAUAUCCCGAAAAUUAUUUCGUGCCAGUCACACUAGAUGCGCCACCUCAAGAGGAGACACUUAUGCAAAACACCCUUUGGCCGGAAAUGCAAAAACUUUACGGCCAUGGAUUCGAAAUUUACGCCUUAGCUGCUACACCAGACGGCAAAGUGCUUGCUUCUGCUUGCCGCGCCACGAACGAGACGCAUGCGCAAAUAAUACUUUGGGAUACUACAACGUGGAAACAAAUUCAAAAACUUGCUGCGCAUAAACUUACCGUAACUCAGAUGCGCUUCUCACCCAACGGCCGUCUGUUGCUUUCAGUUUCACGCGAUCGCACUUGGGCACUAUUCGAACGUGAUGAAGAGUUCAUAAAUACCAACAGCCAACCACAUUAUCGAUUCAAAACAGGAUCUACAGCAAAAACGUCGGCGCACACUCGUAUUAUUUGGGAUUGCGAUUGGUCACACGACGGUAAAUACUUUUUGACCGGUGGACGAGAUGGAGUUCUGGCUGUAUGGGCAAAAGCUAUCGGUGAAACGGAUGAAUGGUCUGUAAGUCUUAAGCAAACAUACAUGAACCCUGUUAUGUCUGUGGCUUUUGCGCCAGAUUUUGUGACUGUAGGCGUCUAUCAGCUUGCUGUAGGCUUUUCGAAUGGUAAUAUUUUGCUGCAACAGCUACAGGAACUAAAUAGCGCAGAAGAAGGAAAACAGUUACAAGUCAUAAAUGGAACCAAACUUAUGCUCGAAAAGGCGCAUGAUUCUGCAGUGAAUCGUUUACAAUUCCAGCCAUUGGGUAAUAGCACUGACCGUACAUCUGACGUGUUUCUGCUAGCGAGUUGUGGUGAUGAUUAUUUCGUUAGAAUAUUUAAAUGUACUAAGCAAAAAAGGCCAAAAUAACAAAAGGUGUCAAUAUUAAUGUAAAAAGAAAAAACAUGUACAUUAUAUUUGUAAUACAUAACAUGCCUUUUUUGAUUAUUGAUACUCUUUUAUUUCAGUUCAAUUUUAAUAUUUAUUGUAUAUAAAAAAUAAUAAUAAAAUAUGCAAAUCUGUUAUCGAGUGUA